AUGCUGCUGUUCCUGAGGAGUGGCAGCGGCUUCGAGCUUCCUGAGAGCUGGGCUGAUAUGCAGGAGCCGCUGCUUGAGGGGAUGUGCUUCACACUCAAGUAUCUAGGGAUGACACUGGUAGAGAAGCCCAAAGGAGAAGACAUGGCGGCUGCUGCCAUCCGCAGGAUUGUGGCCACGGCACGGGUAGGAGCUCGCAAAUUCCAGAAAGUGAUUCUGACAGUGUCUCCGAGGGGAAUCUCGCUGCAGGAUGCGGACACAAAGGAGAUGGUUGAGAACAUCUCCAUUUACAGGAUCUCCUACUGCACAACAGACAAGCUGCAGAACAAAGUCUUCGCUUAUGUUGCCCAGAGCCAGCAGAGUGGGGCACUGGAGUGUCAUGCCUUCCUCUCACCCAAGAAAAAGAUUGCCCAGGCUGUGACUCUGACCGUGGCCCAGGCCUUCCAGAUGGCACUGGAUCUCUGGGAAGCAGCACAUGCAGUCUGGUUUGUUUGUGCAGAGAAAGCCACCCUCAAUGGCACAGUCUGCAACUGCAACUUGCCCAGCAUGCAGCACCAGCACUCCCCCGAGUGCAAGAUGGCCUUAGAGGACCCGCAGCUCUUGCACAUUCUGCAGCAGGAGCUGAGCAGCAUCUGGAAGGAAGAGUCCUGA